GUGUAGCGAAGCGUGAACCCUGGACCGCGCGUAUAUAACGUCUGCCCACCACGAAUCCAUAGUUCUGUUAUCAGUUCACAUUCCUACAAACAUGAAGUGUGCGGUCGCCAUCGUCCUGGCCCUCUUCGGAGUGGUGACUGCUGUCCCCGUGGGUUCUCCUUCCCUGGGCUGGGGUCUCGGCCCCGUCCUGCUUCCCAGCGCCGUGUCCUACAGCUCAAGCGUCAUUAACCACGGCGUCUCCCUCCCUGUCGUGAAGCCCAUCAUUACCGCGCCCAUCAUAACCUCGCCCAUCAUCAGGACCCCCAUCAUCUCCGCGCCCGUCAUACGCUCCCCCAUCAUAGCGCCCCUCAGCCUGACUGGACUCGGACUCGGCGGUCACGGCUGGCACGGAUAAAUGACGACAUCUCUCAAUAUUGAAACGAUAUUGCUUUCUUGAGCCUGUUACUGUAUUGGCAAAUAUAAUCUUGUUUUUA